AAUAAAAAAAAUUCUGGGGUCUGGCCGGCGGAGUCUUACAUACGGAUAUUGUUACUUUAAGGUCCGUGGCUUCUAUGAAAGUCCCAGUGGAAAUUAUAGAAAAUCCAAAUGAUAGUUGGAAGUAUAGCAGCCACACGCAGCACCAAGCUUGACUGACUUUUCAAAGUCUUUGCUUUGCUUUUCUCUCUCAAUUUCUUCUUUAGUCUCUUCUUCAAAGUCUGCAUGGCUGGUUGAUGCUCUUUCCCUGCUUUUCUCUGCUUGGGAAUUUCGCAACUCCAACUUACCGGUCUUGUUUAUUGAAAUGGCUAGUAAUGACAAGGAUAAGGUGCCCAUGCUGUCAGAUGUGCAUCCCCAAUUAUUGGAUGAAAAUGUGGAUUCUCGAUAUCAGGCAUUUACUUCCAGGAAUAGGAGUGUGUCAAUUUCUAUUCCUACAAAUUCCAUGGAGUCCUAUGAAAAUGAAGCCAACCUUGUUGGCUAUACUGGUCCAUUACGUAGUGAAAGAAGAGCUCCAUUGAUACAGAUGAGUGGCCCAAUCUAUACCAAUCGUAAAGCUGAAAACGUUUUUCAAUUAAAUCCUGGCGUAACAGGUCGCAAAAUAGUAGAACCCAAGGCUGAAAAAUUUCCAUCUUUUAAUGGGAUGGAUCAGCGUGAAUGGAGAGAUGACAACUAUGCUGGUAAAAAUGAACAUUUAUUGAGGUCUGGCCAAUUGGGAGUGUGCAAUGAUCCUUAUUGCACAACAUGCCCAACAUAUUACAAUUUCAAACCAGCGCAGCAGAAACAUUCAAAAGCUUCAGCUAUGUUUGACUCCAAGUUCCAUAAUGCUCUUUAUGGGGAUGCUAAAGGUUGGGCAAGAAAAUUUGUAUCUUUUCUAAAUCCAUAUAUUCCUGGAGUUAUCAAUCCUCAUACUAAAGUUGUUCAACAGUGGAACAAAUUUUUUGUCAUUUCUUGUUUGGUGGCAAUUUUUGUGGACCCCCUGUUUUUCUUCUUGCUGUCUGUGCAAAAGGAUUAUAAGUGCAUAGUCAUUAACUGGCCCAUGACUAAAACAAUUGUAAUUUUUAGGAGCUUGACUGAUUUCGUAUACUUGUUGAACAUACUUCUUCAGUUUAGGUUGGCUUAUGUGGCUCCUGAAUCUAGAGUGGUUGGUGCUGGAGAAUUAGUCGACCAUCCAAAGAAAAUUUCCAUGAACUACCUCCGUGGUUAUUUUUUUCUUGACUUAUUUAUUGUAUUACCACUUCCUCAAAUUAUGAUAUUAUUGGUCAUACCGGAUUUCUUGGGAUCAUCUGGUGCAAAUUAUGCCAAAAACCUUUUAAGGGCAGCGGUUCUUGUCCAAUACAUUCCCAGGUUGUACAGGUUUCUACCUCUUCUUGUUGGUGUUUCUCCUAGUGGCUUCAUAUUUGAGACAGCAUGGGCAAACUUUUUCAUAAAUCUUCUCACCUUUAUGUUGGCUGGUCACGUUGUUGGAUCAGGCUGGUACCUCUUUGGGUUACAGAGGGUUAAUCAAUGUCUCCGUGAUGCUUGCCAUCAUUCUGAUAUUAAGGACGCGUGUAUGAAUUUCAUAGAUUGUGGGCAUGGGAACGAGUUAGUGAAAUUUGGUUCCUACAAAAAUUGGUCAUCCUGGGAAGAAAAUGAAAAUGCUACUGCUUGUUUCACAGAAGACGGUUUUUCAUAUGGAAUCUAUCUUCAAGCUGUCAACCUCACAACAAAGCAUAGUAUUGUCACCAGAUAUGUAUAUUCACUGUUUUGGGGAUUCCAGCAAAUCAGUACUCUUGCUGGAAACCUGACACCCAGUUAUUUUGUUUGGGAAGUUCUCUUCACAAUGGCCAUAGUUGGACUUGGCCUUUUGCUCUUUGCUUUUCUCAUAGGAAAUAUACAGAACUUUCUCCAGGCUCUUGUUCGGAGGAGGCUAGAAAUGUCACUAAGACGACGUGAUGUUGAGCAAUGGAUGAGCCAUCGACGCUUGCCACAAGAACUUAGAAGGAAAGUACUAGAAGCUGAACGUUAUAAUUGGGCUGCAACCAGAGGAGUAAAUGAAGGAAUGCUCUUGGAGAAUUUGCCUGAAGACCUCCAGAGGGAUAUAAGGCGGCACCUCUUCAAAUUUGUUAAGAAAGUUUGGAUUUUUGCAUUGAUGGAUGACCAUGUCUUGGAUGCCAUUUGUGAGAGACUAAAACAAAAGAUAUACAUCAAGGGAAGUGAAAUUUUGUAUCAUGGUGGUCUGGUUGAGAAGAUGGUUUUUAUCGUGCGUGGAAAACUGGAAAGUAUUGGAGAAGAUGGAACUGUAAUUCCGUUGUCUGAAGGGAAUGUCUGUGGUGAGGAACUUCUCACUUGGUGUCUAGAGCAUUCUUCAGUUAGCAAAGAUGGAAAGAAAUUCAAGAUUCCAGGACAGCGAUUGCAUAGCAGCAGGACAGUUAGAUGCUUGACAAAUGUGGAAGCAUUUUCACUUCGUGCUGCAGACCUUGAAGAAGUAACGAAUAUCUUUGCGAGAAGCUUGCGAAAUCUGCUUGUUCAAGGAGCCAUAAGGUAUGAAUCUCCCUACUGGAGAGGGCUUGCGGCAACUCGCAUUCAAGUUGCUUGGAGAUACAGGCAGAAGCGUCUAAAGCGUAUCAGCACCUCUCAGUCAAAUCAGUUUACAGACUAGAUGGCUUUGUUUUAUAAAUAUAUGAACAUCUAUGCACAUGUGAUUUGUAUAUGAUCAACCUACGUAGCAAGAGCAUCACCUAUUAUUGUAAAUUCUUAUGGCUUAAUUUGAUUUGGGUUGCGUUUGGAUGACUGAAUUUAAAUUUACCAUUUAAAAUUCCUUUAUUUGAAA